AUGAGUUCCUCAGUCGCCAUCUCCGCGGCGGCAUCAACGGGCUCGCGCCACGCCCGCCCUGCCCUAUCGCCGCUGGUGGCAACACAAUAUUCCCGCAGUAUCUAUCGCUGUGCACGGAGUCAACGGGACCAGAAGGACCACACUCGGCGAUCUCGAUCCAACUUCUCAGAUCUGUCCGCGACACGCAGCUUCUGGGAGGCAGAGCGCGAGCAGAUGCAGCAGCGUAUGGAGGCGCUGAGUGCCGAUCCCGUCGGUGCGGUCUUCGGACGGAAACUGGAGCCCUUCCAGGCGUAUGAGAAGUGGUCGGGCUACGUCCAGUCGUUCUCGCAACAACGAUCGUCACCGAUUGUGGACUGCCCGCCCGGCAGUGAAAUCGAGGCCAAGUUUGUCUCAAAUCCGUCCUUAGUUGAGGAUGGUCAGUUCCAGCCCGGCAGCUUCAAGCCGCAGCAGUCAAAACCCAUCACAACAGUCUAUGCCGACCCCGUGGAUUGCUCACCCGGCAGCGAAUUGGAGGCUGCUAUCCGCUCCAACCCGUCCAGCUUCAAUGGUGCGCAAUAUCGGCCCCAAGUGCCUGGUGACCAGUCCGCGAAGCCCAAUGUCAACAUCACGUGUGCUCCUGGCAGUGAGCUGGAAGCCAUGUUCAUCUCCGAGUCUGUCCGCUCCGAAAACGACCAGCCCCAGGUCGGAGUCUACCAGGUGCAGGCUAGCACUAAGCAGCUCAACGGCGACGCUGGACUCAGCAACCGCACAAAUGUCGAGUGCGCGCCCGGCAAGCCGUCCCGUGGAAGCGUUUGGACAACCGAUGAACACGAGCAAUGUCCCUGUCGACUGCCCCCUGGCAACGAACUGGAUGCCCAGUUCAUGGCGCAGUUCGCGUCGGUGAAUCUCGAGGCGGACACCAAGGCCAGCUCGAGCAUUGACUGCUCGCCUGGCAGUGAGAUCGAGGCCAUGAUUACUUUUGAGGCUCAAAAUGAAGGUGCCUCUAUCGACUGCCCUCCGGGGAAUGAAUUGGAGGCUAAAUUCAUCGCCGAUCCCGCCGCUGCUGAGGAUGGACAGUUCCAGCCUGGUCUGAUGGCACAGCCUUCUCCCGUAAAGAACGCCAACGUAUCUGUCGACUGCACGCCCGGCGAUGAACUGGCAGCCAAGUUCCUUUCCGAGGCAGCCAGCGAAAAUGCCGAGGCCUUGACCGCCAGCGCUAUUCGCGCCCGCUACACUUCCACGGAGGCGCAGCGCGAACUCCGGCCUCUGCAGUUCGACGGCUCAGAGGACCGUGUCGGGGACUUCCUUGCCCAAAACGAAGCCCUGGUCCAGGAUAUUGAGGCUGCUGCCACAUAUCGCAUCCUCUCGUACGAUGUCACAUCGAAGCAGGUGACGACUGCAGAGGCCGACUCGUUCUUCGGAUCAGGCGAGAGCAGGACACCAAACCAGGUCCUCUCCCGUCUUCACAACCCUUCCAAGUUCACGCCAUACCUCGAGCAGCUGCACAAGGACGGCUAUGAGAUCGCCACCGGCGGCGGCGACAUCCUGGUCCUCCGCAAAUUCGAAUCUUCCAUGCCUGGCGCACAAGACUCCUCCGAAUUGGCAGCUGCCAACGCCGAAAUCGCCAAACACAUCCGCCACGACUCACUCCAAUCCACCCCCCAGAACAACAAGAGCCGAGUGGUCACAAGACAGGAAACCGUGUUUACAGGUGGGCCUCCCAAUUGGUCCCCGUGGCCACCAACCUCCGCGGCUGCAAAGAAUGAAGCUGAACUUGGAACUCUCUCGCAAUCUAGAUCCUCGUCCUCAUCCUCAACAUCAGCAUCUCACACCGCGCUUCGGCGAAUGCUCCUGGCAGGCACCGCGACCGCAGCCUCGUGCUACGCCCUCGGAGUGGUAACGGAGUUCUUCCGUACCGGCGGGGCAGAGGGGCGCGGCAUUGAUGCCUUUACGGCCUUUGAGUCGGAAAGACGGCGGUACCGACAGUGA